AGAGUGAGUGACACAAAACAAAAAGCUCUGAGCAAAAAAAAAUGCAGAAACCAUGUCUUCUUCUCUCAUGCUUCCUCUUCUUUUUGAUUCCACAACUAUCUUUCUCUUGCCCACCAGACCAAAGACAAUCCCUUCUCGAGUUCAAGAACUUGCUUACUCAGAACAUCAAGAACCAAACCACAGCAGAUUUGGGAGGUUUAAAGACCUGGAGGCCAAACUCAGAUUGCUGCAAAUGGCAACUUGUGAGAUGCAACACUCGUUCACUACAAGUGAUUGAGCUGAAUCUGAACUCACUUGUUCUCUCUGGCUCAGUGAGUUCAACCCUUCUGAGACCUGUUAUGCGUAUAAGCUCUCUUGUAACGCUAGAUAUCUCGUCUAAUUUCAUACAAGGAGAGAUUCCUGGUGAUGGUUUAGCCAACUUGACCAGGUUGGUCUCUCUUGACAUGAGUCGUAACAGCUUCAACGGCUCUAUACCUCUUCAACUGUUCUCCAUCAAGACUCUUGAGCGCCUUGACUUAAGCAUGAAUGUUAUUGGUGGUACGUUGAGUGGUGAAAUCAAAGAGCUCAAGAAUCUGCAGGAACUUAUCUUAGAUGAGAAUCUCAUUGAAGGAGAGAUUCCUCCAGAGAUAGGGGGUCUUACUGAACUGAAGAAACUGUCACUGAAGCAGAACAAGUUUUCUGGUCCUAUACCCUUGUCCUUGACAAAGUUAAUGAAGCUUGAAGUGUUUAAUCUCCAGAACAAUACCAUCUCCUUUAAGAUCCCAGACGGUAUUGGAAGCCUUGUCAAUCUCUCAACUCUGUCCUUGAGCUGGAACAAUCUCUCUGGUGGCAUUCCAUCAUCAUUUCAAAAGCUGACUAAUCUCAAAACCCUUGAGAUUGAGAAUAACAAAGGCUUCUCAGGUGAGAUUCCAACAUGGCUGUUUAGUCUUGAGAAGCUGAAGAUACUGAGGCUUGGAGGAAACAAACUCCAGUGGAACAAGAAUGGUUCUGUCUUUGCACUCUCUAAGUUGACACAUCUGUCACUUAGAUCAUGUGGCUUAGAAGGGAACAUUCCAGACUGGCUCAAGAACCAAACAUCUCUUCUGUACCUGGACUUGAGCAUGAACAGACUUGAAGGAAGUUUCCCCAAGUGGUUGGCUGAUCUUAAAAUUGGAACUAUAAUCAUGUCAGACAACAGACUCUCAGGUCCACUGCCUCCUAGUUUGUUUCAGACUUUCAACCUAUCAGUUCUUUCCCUAUCCAGAAACAACUUCUCUGGUCAGAUUCCUGAUACUAUAGGAGAAACAGGUGUCAUGGUACUGAUGCUGUCUGAAAACAACUUCUCAGGACCAGUACCAGAUUCUAUUACAAUGGUAUAUAGGCUGCUGUUGCUGGACUUGUCUAAGAACAAGCUAUCAGGUGAGUUCCCAAGAUUCAGCCCUAUUUCAUUGCUCGCGGUUCUCGAUAUAUCUUCAAAUGAGUUCUCAGGUGAUGUUCCAGCUUCCUUUGGCCUUACCACUAUAAUGCUCUCCAUGAGUCAGAACAACUUCACCGGCGAGUUCCCUCAGGACUUCAAAAACCUCCCAUUCUUGAUGCAUCUUGACCUUCAUGACAACAGAAUCUCUGGUGGCAUUCCAUCAGGGCUACCUCCAUCUCUAGAGAUACUUAGCCUGAGAAACAACUCUUUCAAAGGUUCAAUACCACAAGACAUAUCAAAACUCACAAGCCUCAAGGUCUUGGACCUCUCUGACAACGAACUUGAUGGGUCUCUCCCUUCAUCUCUUGGUAACCUCACAGGGAUGAUGGUAUCUCCCACAAGCAACUCUUCCACUUUUAAUUCUGCAUUCAGCUUCAGUAUAGAUAUACAUGACUUGGCUGUGAACUGGAAGAACUCAAAGCAAGGUCUUGCCAACAGAAACCUCUACCUCUACACACUCUUAGACCUCUCCAAGAACAAGCUACAAGGAGAACUCCCAGCUUCUCUAGGCAAUCUCAGAAACUUAAAGCUUUUGAACCUCUCUUACAAUGACAUCUCUGGAUUGAUCCCACAAAGCUUUGGAGGUUUGGAGAAGAUAGAGGUCUUAGAUCUUUCACACAACAACCUCUCUGGAGAGAUUCCCAAAACUUUAUCUAAACUCAGUGAGCUGAACACUUUGGGUUUGAGUAACAACAAGCUUACAGGUCCUAUACCUGAGAGUCCUCAGCUAGACAGGUUAAACGAUCCAAACAUUUACGCGAACAACAGUAAACUAUGUGGAGUGCAAAUCCAAGUACCAUGUUAUGCAUCACAGAUAGAACCACCAAAGGAAGAAGAUGAAGAUGAAUCAUUGUUUUCAUGGAGAGCUGCAGUCAUAGGUUGUCCAUGUGGGUUUCUUAUGGCGGUUGUGGUAAUGUAUGUGGUUGGCUAUUUCAGCAGACCACCACCACCUCGAAGGAGAUCUGUGAAGAACAGAGUAGGGUCUCAGAAAAUGAAGGCUUUGGCUUCUUGAGACCAAAUGUGAGAUUGUUAUAUUAUGGUGUUGUAGUCUGGAAAAAAUAUUAUAAAAUAAAACAUUUUAAGUGAGCAAUGAAACCUGCUUCUUAUCUACCCAGCUGAACAAGAAUUGAAUCUUUCAAGUUCUUGAGUUGCGUAAUCUCUCAAGUUACACUGCCUCAUGUUCACUAACUUGUGUGUUGGGCUUUGCUACAAUGAGUCUCCUCUCACCUUGUUAUCUGCUUUGUUUAUCUUCCAAAAGACUGAUGAUUGUGUUUCUCACUUUUCUAACAUGUUUUUUG